AUGUUGCCAACCUUUUCCUCUCCGCUUCCCAGCCUUCUUUUGCCUUUUCCAAAGCAGCCUUCUCCUCCUCUAGCUUAUCCACCUUACCCUGCAACUCCCCCACCUCCUUCACUUCCCUCCUAUAAAGCGACCCUACACGCCGGCUCAGAACUAAGCCUUGCUCCCAAACUCGACCAUUGUUCUCACAAUGUGCUCCGCGUCCAUGUUGUCAAUAGAAUUUACAACGGUAUCCGGGAGGGUGAUCGGAAAUAUCCUUCCUCACGGAUAUCUCCGGCAACUCGAUCAACCCGCUUCCGGCCCCUUCUCUCCCUAGCUGACCCCGCCUCGCUAGCCAGAUCCCAAUGGCGACUCCCCGUGGUAAGUUUUCCGAUCUUCACGGUGGUCAGGGUGGUCGGCGUUGCCGUCACCGUUCUUCUCCUCACAUGGGCUCUCCAUUUUCGGGGUGGCCUCGCCCUCGUCUCUGACAACAAAGAUCUCAUCUUUAACGUUCAUCCAGUGUUGAUGGUGAUUGGGCUUGUUCUAAUCAAUGGGGAAGGGAUGCUUGCAUACAAGACUCUAUCUGGAACUAAAAGCUUCAAAAAAUCAGUUCAUCUCACAUUACAGUUUGUUGCUCUCAUUUUGAGCUUGAUCGGUAUCUGGGCUGCUUGGAAGUUUCACGUUGACAAGGGCAUUGACAACUUCUACAGCCUCCAUUCGUGGUUGGGCCUUGCCUGCUUUUUCCUGUUCUUCAUCCAGUGGGCUUGUGGGUUUGCAACAUUUUGGUACCCCGGAGGGUCAAGAAAUAGAAGAGCAACCUUACUGCCAUGGCAUGUUUUCUUUGGUAUGUAUAUCUAUGCCUUGGCCAUAGCCACAACUGCUACUGGUAUUUUGGAAAAAGCUACAUUCCUUCAGGUCAACAAUAUCAUAUCACGCUAUUCCAAUGAAUCACUUCUGAUCAAUUCUUUAGGCAUUUUGAUAGUCAUUUUAGGUGGCUUUGUGAUUCUUGGACUUGUUACUCCGGUUUAUGGUAAAGCUGACGUCAUACGGGGAAAUGAGUAACCAUAUUGUAAUAUAUGUAAUCCAAAAUUGAGGAACAUGGACAUGGAUGUAUCAAAAACUCAUUGAACGUGUAUACAUGUUUAUUUCUCAAUUUUAUUUAUUUACUUUCUGUAUU